CACAGUACUUUGCCACGCUUCAAUCGCAUUCCACAACCCUUUUUGUUUAUCUCAUAUUUUAGGACUGCUACUGUAAAAUGUCUAUAUCGAGCUCAGACACUCCAUCUACCUAUUUCACCAUUCUGUACUUCGCUGCUGCAUCGGACAUCACCAAGAAGCGAUCGGAGACUCUCACUGCUCCAGUCCACGUGUCCCAGCUCUUCACACUGUUGGACAAGAAAUAUCCUGGUCUUAAAGAUAAAGUGUUGUGCAGCUCUGCGAUCACUGUUAAUCUUGAAUAUGUCGACGUCGAUGAAUCGAUGUCAGAUGAAGAGGGCCUAGUUAUAAAGGCGGGCGACGAGGUCGCUAUAAUACCACCAGUUAGCUCUGGAUGAAACCUCAUAUCGUCUCGCAACUUGGGAAAAGUGCUCAAACAAGUGCUACUAAGGUGCGACUGCCGUCGUCAUUUCAUGUCCAGACCUCCUGACUGCACUGUGCAAAGGGCUGCAAGUAAGGUGGUAUAUUCAAUCCGUAGGUCGAUAUUGUGUAUGUAGAUUGGGCAUUGUCAUCGUCUUUACGCCAUUCCUCAACAAAGCAGACAACGCACUCAACCCACGCUAUGAGGAGCAUACACUCCUUGUUAGUCAUGUCAUCUCCCAAAUAGGUAACAUAUUUGCCGCGUCUCACCAAUUGAGCGGUAGCCAAGGCACAUAUGACAGGCUUCCAGGGGGAGAGGCCCAUGCUUUGCACUAUAUACAUCUGCAAUUACGUCGCUUCCAUC